CCGGGUCGUCGCUGGCCCCGGGGCACUGGUCUCGAUUCCCUGCAGCCGUCCGGAGCGGCGAGAGCCCACCCGGGCCGGCUCCGGCGGCAGCCGCAGCUUCUUCUCGCUUCCCUCGGCCGAGGCGUCCUCGGGGGCAGUGCCGGGCAUUGCGCUGGUCCAGGCGGGCAACAUGUUAGUGCUUCUAGCCAUGUCCCCGCCUCUAACCCGGAGGCCAUGGAGGAGAUAAGGUAGCCCCUCGUCCCUGGAUCGGAUGGGGAAGCCCAGUUCAAUGGAUACAAAAUAUAAGGAUGACUUAUUUCGGAAGUAUGUGCAGUUCCAUGAGGGCAAAGUGGACGCCACCCCCAGCAAGCAGCGGCCCGGCAACGAUGAGUACCUGCGGGUGGCAGCGUCGACCUUGCUCAGCCUGCACAAGGUGGAUCCCCUUUAUCGAUUCCGGCUGAUCCAGUUCUAUGAGGUGGUGGAGAGCUCUUUGCGCGCACUGAGCUCCUCCAGCCUGCGGGCUCUGCACUGCGCCUUCAGUGUGCUGGAAACGGUGGGCGUCAACCUCUUUCUCUACCCGUGGAAGAAGGAGUUCAGAAGCAUCAAGACCUACACGGGACCCUUCGUUUACUACGUCAAGUCCACGCUGCUGGAAGAGGACAUCCGAACCAUCCUGAAUUACAUGGGCUACGUGCCCGAGCUGGGGACUGCAUACAAGCUCACAGAGCUGGUGGAGACCCUGCAGGUGAAGAUGGUCUCCUUUGAACUCUUUCUGGCCAAGGUGGAGUGUGAGCAGAUGCUGGAAAUCCACUCACAAGUCAAGGACAAGGGCUAUUCCGAGCUGGACGUGGUGAGCGAGCGCAAGAGCAGUGCAGAGGAUGUGCGGGGCUGCUCGGACGCCCUGCGGCGGCGGGCUGAGGGCCGGGAUCACCUGCCAGCCUCGAUGGCCCGUGUGGCGCUCCAGAAGUCUGCCAGUGAGCGAGCGGCCAAGGACUACUACAAGCCCCGCGUGACCAAACUCUCGAGGUCGGUGGACGCCUACGACAGCUACUGGGAGAGCCGGAAGCCACCCCUGAAGGCCUCGUUGAGCCUGCGGAAGGAGCCCGUGGUGGCAGAUGUGGGGGAUGACCUCAAGGACGAGAUCAUCCGCCCGUCCCCCUCGCUCCUGGCCAUGUCCAGCUCCCCCCAUGGCAGCCCUGACGGCCUUGCAUCUUCCUCCCCCAGCAACGGCCUCGGCCUGCUGCGCGGCACGUAUUUCUCGGCUCAGGAUGACGUCGACCUGUACACGGACUCGGAACCGAGGGCCGCCUACCGGAGGCAGGACGCCCUGCGGCCGGACGUGUGGCUGCUCAGAAACGAUGCCCCCUCCCUCUACAAGCGCUCGCCCCCUGCCAAAGAGUCUGCCCUGUCCAAGUGCCAAAACUGCGGUCUGUCCUGCAGCUCCUCCCUCUGUCAGCGCUGCGACAGCCUGCUCCCCUGUCCCCCAGCCUCCAAGCCCAACGCCUUCCCUAGCAAGUCCUCCACCCACGACAGCCUGGCCCAUGGGUCAUCUCUGAGGGAGAAGUAUGCAGGCCAGACUCAGGGCCUGGACCGGCUGGCGCACUUCCACUCAAAAUCCAAGCCCUCCACCACAGCCACUUCCCGCUGUGGCUUCUGUAAUCGCCCAGGUGCCACCAACACCUGCACCCAGUGUUCAAAAGUUUCCUGCGACGCCUGCCUCAUCGCCUACCAUUAUGACCCCUGCUGCAAAAAGAGUGAGCUGCACAAAUUCAUACCCAACAACCAGCUGAACUACAAGUCCACCCAGUUCUCCCAUCUCGUGUAUAGAUAGACUGGACCUUGCACCCCCUGCUCCAAGGGCUACGCCACUGACCUGCUUUCCUGGGGAAGAAGCGUUAAUGCAUUGAUCUGGGCAGCGGAGACCUGCACUUAACCAUGUGGGUGCCGGGAGAUCUGGGUUGGCUGCACCACGUGGGAGUUCACUUAGUGACUAACAUACUUCAGCUGGUGGCUGCUUUGUCGCCUGACAAGGGAGAGGGUGGCACUUCCGUUCAAAAUCAUUUUUGCUAAUCUCUCCACUCCCUUUUUUUUUUUGGAAAGAGGAUUUCUAUCUCUGGGACUCCUGCCACCUCUACCCCUCCCACUGCAAAGCCAACUUGGACUGGGAAGGGCCCUCCAGGUCACCUCCAAAUGCCCACCCGGAAUGGCGAGGUAGAGGCCUGUUGGCUUGUGAAAUGAGCCCUCCUGCCACACCGGGCCUCUUCCAAUGGCUCAUCGCUCCUGCCACCCGCUUCCCACAUAAAGGGAUCCCCGCCUGUGCUCUCUGCCCGACUCCCCACCCCACCCCAGGUUUCAAAGGUGGACCGAGUCUAGUGUUAGCUGAGUGUCACCCUGUGGCCGUCCUAGCUCAGUUCGGCCCCUGGUGUUUGGGAGCUUCGCUCCAGUGUGUCGGAGCGUGGACCUUCCACAGCAGGACUGACUGUCCCCUUUCUGUUGUUUGCACAUGUCCCUCUUACUGUACUGUAAAUAGAUAUUUUUGAAAUUUAUUUUUAAAUAAAUAUUCAACUUGCUGUGUGUUUCAAAGUGGUUAAAACAUUAAUCAUGUAGCUAUUUAUAAAAAUGCCCUGGGUCCUUUAGUCUUCCAAGGGAGGGUCUCACACCCUUCCAUGCUGUGUCCUCCACUCACCCCAGCCCGAAGACAGAGUGGAGAGUGUGGGGGCAGAGGAGGAACAGAGACAAUGUCCCCAAGUUGGUGGAGAGCCACUGUCUUCCCUACAAUGAAUCUCUAUACACCUACCUCCAGUGUGCACUACGGGGGUCAGUGCGGCCGGGAGGCCUGCGCACCUACAGACUGUGGAAGCCUGCUGAGGAGGCAGGAGCCUCGCCUGCGCAUCUACAGCCUGGCCUUGGCCACUUGCCGAGUGUGAAUUUGCACUCCGAACUCCUCGAGUCUUGCUUCAGAAGAAAACUCAUUUGGGAUUCCCAUCACCCCUCCAUCUCAAGUCACCUUUUCUUCAACUGUUUCUAGGACUCUGCAACAUAAGCGAUCUUUUUGCACUAAAAGUGGGCGGGAGUUGGCGUGUGCCCAUCAGACAGAUGUCUCCAGAGAUUCUCAGCUGAGCCGAAGCGCUUCCAAACCCGAAGGCCCCUUAAGCUCCUCAUGUGAAUGACUGACCCCUGGCGUUUCCUUGUGGGGGCCAGAGCAGGAGUGGGGCAAGAGUUUGAAAAUAAAACUGCUUCCUUGUGAAAUAAUACUAUAUUCUAGCCAUAAGUGUUUGUGAUGUACAGAAUGUUACAGGAAUUGACAUGCAGCGGGUUUUCUGGUGGAAGGAGGUAUUCAGCUCUUGAACAAAUGUAAGUCCGGCUGAAUUCUGAAGCCACUGUGAAUUUGCUGGUGUUCUCCUAACUCAGUGGAGUGAUUUUAAGGUUUUUCAAAUCUUCUAUGGCUUUUUUAUAUAUCUAGUAGAUCACAUGUAGAUAUUCAAUGUGUAUAUAAGCUGAAUUUCAACUUUAUUACCAAGACCACUCCAUUCUGGCGCAUUCAUCUUUGAUCUUCCUUUCCACAUUUCAGAAGUGUCAAUGCCUGUCCCACUCCUGAGAGCUCUAGUUUUCUAGUUUUCCAUUUCCAGAUCACUGCAGCACUACAGUUACUCUUUUAACCAACCGUGAUGCCACGUAACUUAUGCAUUGAACAAGAGCAGGAACAGAAACGCUGUCCUCGGAGAGAAAGUGCAGUGUACGUGCGGAUUGGCAUGGAAGUGCGGUGGUCGUGGACUGGGACAGGAAAUGCUCUGACCGUGCUCCUCCCCGGUGUGUGUCUUACUGUAUGAGGUUGCUGUGAGUGAGAGAGUUAAAUAGAUGCUAAUUUAAAAAUGCAGAUGUUUUGCAUUUGAUUUUUACCAAGAGUUGAAAUGUU